CUUUGGACCGGUGGGGGUCAUCCCGGUACCAAUUAGCAGACAGGCAGCUAAGUACACCUCAACAGUAAAUAACGUCUCCCCAUACCGGAGCCGCAACCAAAAUGGCCACCACGACGGAGAAAUGCACUGCAACAGACUGGGAGACCAGCUUUAAUGCCAAAUUCGACAGGGUGUGCGCAGCGUUCUGGCACCGGAUUGAAGCCCGUACUCAGCAGGCGCAGCCACCCACAACUCAGACUAUAAAGCUCCAACCGGCAACAUUCCCAAAAAACUGCUUUAGUGAGCUGACAAACCCAGCCACACACAUGGCCCACGCCGCGGCCUCAACCGCACUGACCUCUUCUGGGCCGGGUACUCACCUGGAGGUACCCCUCCCCCGCCAGCCACACACCCAGGGUAGAAACCGGACACCGGAACACCCCUGGGACCAGGACCCCCAAAUCGGGACCUGCGGCAAGAAGGCGCGAGUCCCCGUCAAGGCCUCAGGCCGAGGACAUGCGGCACACAGACUGCGCAAGCCAGUGCUAAGCUGGACACAACAACCGACAAGAACACCCAAACGACCACCUAAACUGGAGAGACAAUCUGGAGAAACACAGGAGACUCCCACUUACAAAAGGAGCAGAAAAAGGCGCACAUCACGACCCGAGCCACAAACCCCCCGCACACGCAGCAGCCGAGAGGCUCAACCCAAGCAGCCGAGGACGGCACAAUGCCCUCCAGUAAAGGGGGCCCAAACUCCUCUACACACCACUCACCGAACCUCGCUGUCAUGGAACUGUGGGCCCAAUAACGGGAACCUCGGACUGGAGGAUCUCUUACGCAAAGCCAGCGACCUACACGCAACCCCAAAGGUCCCACAGAACAGGUGUAGGCUGACUACGGACUGA